AUGGGUACACAGGAGGAAUCAAAUGUUGCUAUCGAUGACAAUCCUAUUUUCGAGAUGUCAUAUGAGGAUAAGCUUACUUAUGCCGCUGUUAUUGCGAAACCUAUGGCCUCUGAAAAACUCACGAAACGCCUCGGAAAGUUAAUGAGGAAGGCAAAGAGCAAUGGCUUGCUCGCUUGCGGUGUAAAGGACUGUGUGAAGCAAAUCGUCAAAAAAAAAUCCGAAGGUAUUUUGGUGAUCGCUGGGGAUGUUAGUCCAAUCGACACAAUUUCUCAUCUUCCUCUCAUCUGCGAGGCUCGUAAUGUGCCCUAUUGUUACGUCCCCUCACGCUUCGAAAUUGGAUGUAGUAAUGCAACAACCGUAAAUUCUGUAUGUGUUUUUAUCAGAAAGGGUGAAGCUUAUGAGGCGCUGUUCGACAAGUGCUACAAGUGCGUUGACGACCUCCCCCUUCCUAUCCGUUAA